CGUGGGUAACCUGCCAUCCCUCCAAAAGAGCAGAAUGGGCUUCAAUGAAAGUACUAGAGCUAUUCCUUUAUUACUAUCAGCAUCUCUCUUCUGCCUCCUCGGACUAGGAAAUUGUGAUUUGAGCUUGAACUACUACAACAACAGUUGUCCUAGAACUGAAGAUAUUGUGAAGGAGCAGGUAGAAAAACUCUACCGAAAGCACGGAAACACUGCAGUUUCUUGGGUCAGAAAUCUCUUUCAUGACUGCAUGCUCAAGUCCUGUGAUGCCUCGCUUCUGCUUGAGACCACCGAAGCGACGAUCUCUGAGCAAACGUCUCCAAGGAGCUUCGGCAUGAGAAACUUCAAGUACGUCAACACCAUCAAGGAUGCCCUCGAAGCUGAGUGCCCCGUCACAGUUUCCUGUGCUGAUGUCGUUGCUCUUUCUGCUAGAGAGGCUGUUGUCCUGCUAGGAGGUCCAUACAUUCCUAUGAGAACUGGAAGAAGAGACAGCAAACAAAGCUAUUUCGAAGUUGUUGAAGAUUUCAUCCCCAAUCACAACGACAGCUUAGAUCUCGUGCUCUCACGAUUUCAAUCUGCAGGUAUCAAUACAGAAGGCACAGUCGCACUUUUAGGAGCUCAUUCAGUAGGCCGAGUUCACUGUGCAAACCUCGUCAAUAGACUGUAUCCUACAGUCGACCCAACAAUAGAUCAAGAGUAUGCAGAGUACCUCAAGAGACGAUGCCCAAAUCCAAAUCCUGAUCCUAAAGAAGUGGAGUAUGCUCGAAAUGACAAUGAAACACCUAUGGUGAUUGAUAAUAUUUACCACAAGAACUUGUUGAGCCACAAAGGGCUGUUGCUUGUUGAUCAGCAGCUGGUUUCAGACCCUUCAACCGUUUCUCUUGUGGAAAUGAUGGCGGCUAACAACAGCUAUUUCCAUGAAAUAUUUGCAAGUUCUCUGCUUUUGUUAUCAGAGAAUAACCCACUCACAGGAGAUGAGGGUGAAGUUAGAAGCGACUGUCGGUUUGUUAACUCAGAAUAGUACACAACUUAGAAUGUAGCUCAUAAUAAGAUGUUAUCUAAGGAGAGAGAAGCAAAAUAUGAACUGGUUCUCCUAAGAUAUGAUCAUAUAUAACAUAAAUGUAUCUUGCAGGCUUGCAGCCUACUUGGGUGUAUUUAAAAGAAACAAGUUAAAAUCUCAGAGGUAAAGAGAGGACAAA